AUGGGUCCUUUUCCUCCUUUUGGAUAUGAGUGUAUCUUAGUGGCUGUCGAUUAUGUUUCCAAGUGGAUUAAAGCAAUACCUACUAGGACUUAUGACCAUAAGGUUGUCUUGAAGUUUUUGAAGAGUAAUAUUUUCUCUAAAUUUGGGUGUCCUAGGACUAUUAUUAGUGACAAUGGUACACAUUUCAUUAAUUCUCAAUUCAAAGCAUUAUUGAGAAAUAACAAAGUCACCCACAAGAUCUCUACAUCUUAUCAUCCACAGUCCAAUGGUCAAGUAGAGGUGUGCAAUAGAGGAAUCAAGAGGAUACUUCAAAAAAUCAUUAGAACCGAUAGGAAAGAUUAA